AUGUACUCCAAAAUCUUAUCAGUACUUGCACUCGCUGCCCUAGCCCAAGCUGGUGUCUUGGACUACGGUCACGCUAGUUCAUACUCCUCAUCUCAUGUAGCAGCUCCAGUUGUAUCCCACGGAUACCAUGCCCCAACUUAUGCCAAACAAGCUCAUCAUGAAGACUACUAUGCCCAUCCUAAAUACGAAUUCAACUACGGAGUUCAAGAUGGUCACACUGGUGACCAAAAAUCCCAACACGAAACCCGUGAUGGUGACGUAGUCAAGGGAUACUACACCGUAGCCGAAGCUGAUGGUACCCUCAGAACCGUCCACUAUACCGCUGACGACCACAACGGUUUCAACGCUGUCGUAGAAAAUUCUGGACAUCCUACACACGGAAAAGUAGCUGCUCCCGCUCAUUAUGCUGCUCCCGCUCAUUAUGCUGCUCCCGCUCAUUAUGCUGCUCCCGCUCAUUAUGCUGCUCCAGCUCAUUAUGCUGCUCCCGCUCAUCAUGCAGCUCCAGCUUACUACCAUCAUUAA